GUUCUUUUUGGAUGCGGUGCAGAAGCGAGAAGUCGUCUGUGAUUUCUACCGGAUUAUUGGAAGUUCUUUAAAAAGAUCAAAAAUGUCGCAGGUUUCUGCCCGACCUCUUGUUACGGUUUACGAUGAGAAGAAUGUGGCAACGGGAAAGACUGUCGUUCUUCCUGCCGUAUUCCGAGCUCCUAUUCGACCGGACGUGGUGAACUUCGUCCACACGAGCAUGCGCUUUAACACGCGCCAAGCAUAUGCCGUGUCCGAUCUUGCUGGCCAUCAAACAUCGGCGGAAUCAUGGGGAACUGGUCGAGCUGUGGCUCGUAUUCCUCGUGUACGCGGUGGUGGAACCCACCGAUCCGGACAAGGUGCGUUCGGCAAUAUGUGUCGCGGAGGACGCAUGUUUGCGCCAACCAAGACGUGGCGCCGAUGGCAUCGUAAGAUCAACGUGACCCAGCGUCGCUACGCAUUGGUUUCAGCCAUCGCCGCCACCGGUGUUCCGGCUUUGGUUAUGGCUCGCGGACAUAUUAUUGAUCAGAUCCCGGAGGUUCCGUUGGUGGUUUCUGACAAGGUGGAAGAGCUGAAGAAAACCAAGGAUGCUGUCACGUUUUUGCGCCGUGUUCGAGCGUGGGGAGAUGUUCUGAAAGUGUACAAGUCGCGACGUUUCCGAGCUGGUCGCGGUAAACUGAGAAACCGUCGCCGCAUCCAUAAGAAAGGCCCGUUGAUCGUUUAUAAUCAGGACAACGGUGUCACCAGAGCUUUCCGUAACAUCCCAGGCGUGGAUGUGGUCCAUAUUCGCAGUCUGAAUUUGCUGAAGCUGGCUCCGGGAGCUCAUUUAGGGCGAUUUACAAUUUGGACUGAGUCUUCUUUCCGUCUGCUGGACGAUUUGUAUGGAUCAUACACCACUAAGUCUAAAUUGAAGACCGACUACAACUUGCCGCAGCACAAGAUGACCAUCACGGACCUUAAACGACUGCUGCAAUCGGACAAGAUCCAAGCUGCUCUGCGCCCCCGCAAAAACAAGCCCUCGCGUCGUGUGGUGAAGAAGAACCCUCUCAAACACAUCCGUGUGAUGCUGAAGUUGAACCCCCACGCGGAGGUAGUGAAGCGAAAGGCUCAUUUGCGCAGCGAGAAGAUCGUCAAAAAGGCGGCUGCCCCAAAAGACUCUAAAGCCGCAAAGGCUCCUUCUGCUAAGCCACAAAAGGGCGCUGUUAAAGCAAAAUAGAGUAAUUUUGGAUUUAGUUGUCUAUCUGUCAAUUUUUAGCGAAUAAAUAAAAACCUGUAAACAU